AUGAAUCGAUAAUAAGAACAAAUUAAUUCAUAGGAAAUGGAAAAAGAAGUUCAGAUAUUUAUUAAUUCUCUAGUUUUCAAGUGAAGUUGUCAGAAUUAGCAUUUUUAAUUGUGUGUGCUAAUUUUACAUGUUAAUCUUUAGUUGUAAAUUAAUCUGGCUAUUUGAUUCAAAAUACAUUAUCAUAUUUGCUUGGUUUAUGGAUUUAAUAACAUUUGUUAUAGUAAUGUUAGAUAAGAACAUUGGUAAACUCUUGUCUGUGGUUCAUUUUUUAGAAAAGGUGUUGAGUAUAUCAUUUAAGGUAAAUUAUUUAUUUAAAUUAAUAAGAUUACUAUAGUAAUUCAUUUUGAAGUUAAAGAAAUUAAACUUUACUAUGUACCAGCAGCAUAAUUAAUCAUUACUGUUGGAUUAUUUCUUUUUUAAGUACUUCAUCAUGAUUAAUCAAAAAGAAAGCAUAUUAUAGUAAUAUUAUUAUUUAUAUAGUAGAUUGCUCAUUCAUAUUCUGUUCUCUAUGUUAUCUAACUUUUACUCUUAACUUUGAAAUGGAACAAUCUAUUUGGUUAUACUUACUAUUAAACAUUUAUAAUAACUUGGACAGCACUCGGAAUCAAUACAUUCUUAAUUAUUUUGCUUUUGAUAACAAUGGUUGAGAAUUGUUUUCUCAAACAUAUACCAUAAAUAAAUGGUAAAAAAUUAUAUUAUUAAGGAACAUUAAUAUUUUGGUUUAUAUUUUAUAUAUUUGGAUUAACUAUUACCCCAUUCUUUCUAUUAAAAACUGUUUGUGAAUUUUAUGAAAGUGACAAUACAUAUAGUAAUGUUAAGUUGGCAUCAAUUGCUGUGCUUGUCUGUAUUUUGAUUUAUCUCUUUUUAUUCGUUUUUUUCACUUUUAAAAUAAAGAAAUAAUUGAUGUAUUUUAUCCUUAUUACCAUAGUAUUGUUUUGCAAUUAGAUAAUAGGUAAGCUACUACACCAAAAAGAUAAUCAUAAGAAACUCCAUAAAAAAAAUGGAGAAGAUUAAAGAUUCCUAUAAUGUUCAUUAGAAUUUCAGCAUCAUAUUAUAAAAUGCUUGCUCGAUAAUCAACUGCAGACACUAGUACUCGUAAUACAAGUUCUAUACCUAUAUGCAGUGAUGUAUUAAGACCUGAUUCUUUGAAUUUUCGUUAAUCACCAUGUUAAACUAUGAUGAAAUAAAUGAAAUCUAUACCAAAAGAUCAAGAUUCAGGAGAUUUUUGCUUGAUUUGUUUUGAAAAUGAACCUAAUGUAGUAUUACAUCCAUGUAAUCAUGGUGGUAUUUGUAAUAAUUGUUCUGAAAAUUUAAUAAAAUCUACAAAACAAUGUUUUUUAUGUAGAUCUGAAAUUAGAUAUGCAUUAAAACUAAAUUAAAAAGAAGGUGAAAUGUUGGAAGCUACUGAUGUAUAAAAAGUUUGA